AUGGCACCAAAAUCAUCAUCCUCAGGCACGAAGAAGAAGUCUACAAGUUCCUCGAGUUCAGAUGGGACAAAAGCUCCAAAAUUUAAGCUACCUUCAGAAUUCAUUGCAAGACCGAAUGUCAUAAAGAACGGUAAUAACAAAGAUCUUGCAACAGUAAUAGUUCAUCCAGAUGUCUUAAAAGAGUUGGAGAUCAAUUUCGGGUCUAUGUGUAUUGUAUCGAAAAUUGGUAAUAAUGGAAUUGUUGCUAUUGCUAAGGCAGGUGAUGAAAAGACUCAUCCAUUGAACGUGCUAAAAUUAACUACUACAUUAAGAGCGGUUGGUAACAUCAUAUUAGGUGAUAGAUUAGAGAUUAGAAAGAUCGUAAGCCAACCUACUUAUGCUACUUCUGUUACUGUUGGUUCUAUACAAGGUAUUGAUCUAACAAAGUAUGACAAUGUUUCUAAGAAAAUAAAUAAAUUAUUAGACGAUUGUGGUAUUGUUAUGCCAGGUAUGAUUUUCAAAAAAAUUGAUAUAAAUAGUGGCAAAGAGGGGAAACCAAAUAAUGUUGAUUUGCUAGUUGUUGGAAUAAAUGAAGAUGAACUACCUGAUGUCUCUAAAUUGGAAAUUAAUGAUUAUGAUAAUGAAGAUGAGUAUGAUGAGGCGGAAGAUGAGUAUGAUGAGGCGGAAGAUGAAAAUAUAAAUGAAGAGCAAUUGGGAAAUGACACAUUUUAUCUUUCCCCACCAGGAAUUUACCGUUCUAAUAAUACUAAAUUAAUUUUGACCAAAGAAACUAACUGUAAUCCAAAAUAUAAUUUACCAGAAUCUCUUUCUUAUAAUUUAGUUGGUGGUUUAAAUAAAGAAAUCGAAAUCUUGAAGAAUGCCAUUGAGUUGCCAUUACAUAAGCCUAAAUUAUUUUCUAGAUUUGGUGUAAGUCCACCUCGUGGUAUAUUAUUGCAUGGUCCACCAGGGACUGGGAAGACAAUGCUUUUAAGAUGUGUUGCUAAUAAUUCUAAUGCUCAUGUAUUAACCAUUAAUGGCCCAUCUAUUGUUUCUAAAUAUUUGGGAGAAACAGAAAGCUCAUUAAGAGAUUUUUUUAAUGAAGCUAAAAAAUAUCAGCCAUCUAUAAUUUUUAUUGAUGAAAUAGAUUCAAUUGCACCAAAUAGAUCUAGCGAUGAUUCUGGUGAAGUGGAAAGUCGUGUUGUAGCCACUUUGUUGACAUUAAUGGAUGGUAUGGGUAACUCUGGUAGAGUGGUGGUUGUUGGUGCCACCAAUAGACCUAAUUCCAUUGAUUCUGCAUUGAGAAGACCUGGAAGAUUUGAUCAAGAGAUCGAAAUCGGUAUACCUGAUGUUGAUGGUAGAAAAGAUAUUCUUUUAAAACAGUUCCAUAAAAUGUCCUCAGAACGUCAUAGUUUAAGUGAUGAAGAUAUUCAAAGUAUUGCUUCUAAGACACAUGGUUAUGUGGGUGCUGAUUUAUCAGCAUUGUGUAGAGAAUCCGUAAUGAAAGCCAUUCAGCGUGGUAUGAUUGAUCCCAAAGGCUCUAAUGAUUUAAAAGUGGAAUUACAUGAUAUUGAAAAUGCUAUGGUUGAUGUUAGGCCAAGUGCUAUGAGAGAAAUUUUUCUUGAGAUGCCUAAAGUGUAUUGGUCAGAUAUUGGUGGUCAAGAAGAAUUAAAACAGAAAAUGAAAGAGAUGAUUCAAUUACCAUUAGAAGCCUCUGAAACAUUUAACAAAUUAGGGGUUACUGCUCCUAAAGGUGUUCUAUUAUACGGGCCACCUGGUUGUUCCAAGACCUUAACCGCCAAAGCUCUUGCCACUGAAUCUGGGAUUAAUUUCUUCGCAGUGAAGGGUCCUGAAAUCUUUAACAAAUACGUUGGUGAAUCUGAAAGGGCUAUUAGAGAAAUCUUUAGAAAAGCUCGUGCAGCUUCCCCAAGUAUAAUAUUUUUUGAUGAGAUUGAUGCUAUAUCUUCAAGCCGUGAAGGAGGUAGCGGUAGUGAUGUUAGCAAUCAUGUGUUGACUUCAUUAUUAAACGAAAUCGAUGGUGUGGAAGAAUUAAACGGAGUCGUCAUCGUAGCCGCUACAAAUAGACCAGAUGAGAUAGAUCCAGCAUUGUUAAGACCAGGAAGAUUGGAUAGACAUCUCUAUGUGGGCCCACCUGAUUUUAACGCACGGUUACAAAUCAUUAAGAAAUGCACAAUCAAGUUUGGUAGUGAGAUUCAAAAUGAUGAGCCAUUUUUAAGAGAAUUGAGUGCAAAGACUGGCGGUUGUUCAGGUGCAGAAGUAGUAUUAUUAUGUCAAGAAGCUGGUCUUUCUGCUAUCAUGGCAGAUUAUCAAGUGGAUAAAGUUGGCAAACAUCAUUUCCAAAAUGCAUUAGAAGGUUUAUCCCGUGGUAUUACUGAAGACAUGUUGGGUUACUAUCAACAGUUUGCCUCAAGAAGUGGGGUCAGCGUAUAA